CCCCGCCCCGCCGGCUUCACUCCGGCAGCCACGCGCCGGUGGCAGCGAGGCGGUGGUGUAGAGCGAGCGCGGCCGUUACCCGCCCGAGGUGCUGAGGGGGCGGCAGCGGCGUUGGCGGUGUCGGAAGGGGUCCAUGGCCGCGUCGGACCGCAUGGUGCUGGGGCCGCUGGUGGGCUCCAUCGAUCAGGGCACCAGUUCCAGCCGCUUCCUGGUAUUUAAUGCAAAAACAGCAGAGCUUCUGAGUCACCAUCAAGUUGAGAUACAGCAGAAAUUCCCUAAGGAAGGAUGGGUGGAACAAGAUCCAAAGGAAAUCUUAAAGUCAGUCCAUGAAUGUGUGGAAAGAACCUGUGAGAAACUGCAGCAACUGAACAUAGACAUCACUAACAUAAAAGCCAUUGGAGUUAGCAACCAGAGGGAAACAACAGUGGUUUGGGACAAGACGACUGGAGAACCUCUUUAUAACGCUAUUGUGUGGCUUGACCUAAGAACUCAGUCAACAGUUGAAAGGCUUCUUAAGAGAAUUCCUGGAAAUAACAAAUCCUUUUUUAAGUUUAGGACUGGUCUUCCACUUAGCACCUACUUCAGUGCAGUGAAACUUCGGUGGCUUUUGGAUAAUGUGGAAGAGAUUAGGCAAGCAGUUGAUGAUGGAAGAGCAAUGUUUGGAACUAUUGAUUCGUGGCUUAUAUGGUGUUUGACAGGUGGGAAGAAUGGAGGUGUUCACUGUACAGAUGUAACUAAUGCCAGUAGAACGAUGUUGUUCAACAUUCAUUCCUUGGACUGGGAUCCUGAGCUCUGCCAAUUCUUUGAUAUUCCUAUGGAAAUACUUCCAAAAGUACGAAGCUCAUCUGAGAUUUAUGGCCUGAUGAAAAUCUGUCCUAGCCUGAAAUCUGGAGCUUUGACAGGUGUACCAAUUUCUGGGUGCUUGGGUGACCAGUCUGCUGCUCUUGUUGGGCAAAUGUGCUUCCAAGAUGGGCAGGCAAAAAACACGUAUGGGACAGGAUGUUUCUUGCUGUGCAAUACAGGUCAGAAGUCCGUGUUUUCUGACCAUGGUCUUCUAACCACGAUAGCUUACAAACUGGGCAGAGACAAACCUGUUUGUUAUGCAUUAGAAGGAUCUGUUGCAAUAGCUGGUGCCGUUGUUCGUUGGCUGAGGGACAAUCUAGGUAUUGUUAAAACUUCACAGGAAGUUGAAAAACUGGCUGCAGAAGCGGGAACUUCUUAUGGCUGCUACUUUGUGCCAGCAUUUUCAGGACUGUAUGCACCUUACUGGGAACCCAGUGCAAGGGGCAUUAUCUGUGGCCUUACCCAGUUUACAAACAAAAACCACAUUGCCUUUGCUGCACUAGAAGCAGUCUGCUUCCAAACACGAGAGAUUUUAGAUGCAAUGAACAAGGACUGUGGGAUACCAUUAAGUCAGUUGCAAGUAGAUGGAGGAAUGACCAAUAACAAAGUUCUCAUGCAACUCCAGUCAGACAUCCUCUGUAUUCCAGUAGUGAAGCCAUCAAUGCCUGAAACAACAGCUCUAGGAGCUGCUAUGGCAGCAGGAGCUGCAGAAGGAGUUGGAAUUUGGAGUCUGAAUCCUGGAGAUUUGACAGCAGUGACGUGUGAACGAUUUGAACCACAGAUCAACCCAGAGGAAAGUGAAUAUCGCUAUGCCAGAUGGAAGAAAGCUGUGAUGAAAUCUAUGGACUGGGAAACAUCUGAAGCUCCUUCAAAUGGUGACACUAGUAUCUUCUGUAGUCUGCCUUUGGGUUUUUUUAUUAUGAGUAGCAUGAUAAUGUUAAUCGGAGCAAAGUUCGUCUCAGAACUGCAACACAGUCAUCAGUAUAAUAAGUUUGAGGAUUGAAUCUACUGAGGAUUGAAUUCAUCCUUCAUGUGCUGAAACAGCAGUAAGUCUUGCAUGGCAAUAGUGCUGUUGUUGAACAUGCCUCUGUAGGUCAGAGCCAUGCUUUUACAGCUGCUGAAAUGUGAAGCAGAAAUCUGCUGGGGCAGAAUAGAGAACACUAACGUGGCAAAAAACUGUUUAGAGAUCUCCUGAACUAACUGCUUUUUCACGCAGCACUUGAUGGCUGAAUACGAAGAACAAUACUGCAUUUCAUAAUUUCAUCAAAAUUGGGUCAAUUAUUGCGCUUUAUUUUAUAACCUUCAUUCUUUUCCCCCAGUACAGAAGGGGACAAUAUAUUGCUUCAUUUAACUACUAAAGCAAGUUGUAUGCAGCACCUGGGGUCCUUAAGAUUCGCUUAAGUGUGUUGGAUCUGGACACCUGAGAGAUUUCAGCAUGUGCUAUAGCUGGUUUUUUGUUGUUGUAUUUGUUCUGUUUUGUUUUGUUUUGAUUUGUUUUGUGAGAGGUGAAGGUUAACUGAAAGUGACAAUUUUUGUUAGACUCAAAUUUAAAGAAAAGCAUUUGUAGGCUUUUAAGUGGGCAUAUCUCAAAUGAGGUCUAAAACCAAAAGAUUGGCUGUGAGUGGCAUCUUAUGCUACAUCUGGAUUAUGAAGUUCUUAUUCUCACAGAAUGCUGAUAGUACUACCAUAUUUUUGCUGCUUAAACAUUCCUUUGUUGUUGAUUUGUUUUUUUAAGAAUUAUUUUUCUUGAGUUGUGAUAGCUACUGCUGCAUUGUGUACUAAUUUACAUACAGGCAUCACAAUGAAGUUAUACAAGUUAGUUGCAGUAUUUCCCACAUUUCUGAAAGUUAAGCUCAUUUUCAGAAAAAAAUAAACAUAGUAUAUUUUGAUUCUUCUACUUGUUAAAAGUUUACCCGUCUUUAUUAGUGUUUUUUUCCUCUCAUACACACAAAGAACUAGCUUAUAUUUGCAGAAUUCAAUUUAUAAUUGACUUAAUUGAAAACAAAAGAUGGCUAUACCGAGUUCUUCCUAUAGCUCAGCUGUGUUAUAGUGUGUUAAAAACAAUUCAGAGUAUUGUAAUAUUACUAAUUUCUAUGUUACUAAUGGAUGUUCUUUCUUAUUUAAGGUACAGAUAAAUGAGACUGCUUAAUGGACUCUCUGGAUGCAGCUGAAUUGUUUAUUUGUUUGUUUCAUUUUGUUUCCUUGUCUGAAGAGAUUCCACUACCAGUGUGAUGAUACUACUUGUGUGACUAAAUUCAUUCAUGAAUAUAUCUGUUGUCAGUCCUUGAGCAACCUCUAAGUGGUACAUUGAAACUUAAGUCUUUAGCCCAUCACUUCUCUGCUCCCUUCCCAAUCAACUCCAACUGCACUGGAGGCCUUUGUGUGGACUAUCUCACAUCACCCUUUCAAAUUUCACAAGCCCUAGCAUUGUUUGAGAAAGUUGGUAUAAAAAACCCUGCAACUUGAUAGGUAAUAUUUCAAAUGUUUAGCUAAAAUUUUCAGAGUUUUGGUACUUUAUACAACAAACUGCAAAAAGUGAAUGGUGCACUAUAGGACUUUGUAAAGGUCUUACUGUUCUUCCAGCUGCUGUGAAUUAUCUAUCAUCUAUCUGUGGUUGCCAAAGAUGUUUUGUUUUAGUUGCCUCUGUUCUGAAACACCCUCAACGGUAGAAGUUCUUCGAGCACUAGCUCAAAAUGUAUUGACAACAAGAAACAUUGCCACUGGUUUGGCAAUGAAAAGGUUACUGAUAUGACAAACAGAGCACUAUUGAAUUGAUCAAUCAGAAAGUUUGAAAGUUUGGUUUGGCUUCUGGGAAUUGUAGUCAAGUUGCCUAUUAUAAGUGUUUAAGACACUAAGUCCUGCAACUGUACAUUUAAAGAAGUAGGAGUAAGUAGAUGUUUUGGUUAAGGUCAUGCUUGUUGUUCUCAGCCUUUUGUGUUUGGUCUGAAAGACAAACAUUUGCCUGAAAGACAAAUCUGAAAUACAGCACACUAUUCACAGGACAGAUCUUUAGUUCUCAGUAACUGAUAACUCUUAAAACUACUCUGUACAAUAUGCUUUUCUUGACCAAUACUGUAUAUAUUCUGUUGUCCAAUUUAAGGGUAUUUUUAGUGAUUAUUUGUUAAACUUUCGAAAGUUGAAGCUAACGUAGUUUUCCUUAAAGAGGGUCCACUCCAAAUUAAAUAUCAGUGAUUAGUUGUUGUUCUCAUUUAGUAUAUCUCAGGGACCAAUAUCUCCCUCUCAUAUUCCAUGUCUGUGGUUUUAACAGCAAAUUGUCACAAAAUUUGCAGAGACAACCCAAAACCCUGGCUUUGGGAUAGUAAACACUUGGCACCUGAAACUGGCCUUUGGAGUUUGCAGGCAGCAGGAGCGAAAAAUGAGUUGCGUCCACUUGGAAAACUUUAAAUCCUCCUCAGGUAAAGGAGCGAGGCAAUAAUCUUCAGCUUUCGUGUCUGUACCAACAGCAUGAUAAAUGCCAGCCUUAUUGGAUAGGCCAGAGAAAAAGCGUUCUUGUGUAGUGUCAACUGGAUUGGUUUAGAAUGAGAGCAAAGUUCAAUGUGGGAACAACGUGGAGAAUUUCAAAACAGAGAUCUGUUUCAAUGCACUAGGAGUUAAAGGGAGUGUAUAAGUGUGUGUGUAUGUGUUCUUAGGAAUUUUUGUCUUUGAAAAAAUGCUCUUUAAAAAGUUUUUCUUCAGUAAAUUACAACUAGGAGCUUAGCUUUAAAAAAAAUGUUAAGUAUGUGUGUGUCUGAAGCAAUGGAUUGCACAGAAUUUUAGGUCUGUACAAUAUAUUUAAUAUCAAAUGCAUAUUAAUUGCCUUUUUGUUAUCAAGUGCAAUGACCUUUGAAAAUGUGAUUUUUAAUUCAGUUAGAGGAGGAACAUUUUUCCUCCUCUGGUUGCAUUGGGUUUUUGUGCACAGGUGAAAAUAUAAUACCAACAUUCAAAUCCCUCAUCUUUUGUAAGUACUCAAAUGUGAGGUGUAGAAACUGAAACUUCUGGGUUUUCCAGUUUGUGCUGGGGAGGUGAAGAAAGAGUGGACAGUGGACAUGAAUCCAUAGGAAAGUCGUUAUACUUACCUUUCUCUGAGCUGUCACUGAUUCGGUCUUGCACCAAAGAACAGGAAUAAAAGCAACCUUUGGAGCACACAGGGUGAGGACAAAACACGUUUCAAACACUGGACUUCUGAGUAUGACUUCUUGCCAAAAACACUGAACGUGGCAAUGAUUAAUACUGAAGUAUUGCCUUUGCCAGUGAUGUCUCUGGCAGGGAGAAAGAUGGCACAUAAUAAGUAGAAGGAGGAUUUUUUGCUGCUUUUCUGAUGUAUCCUUUACUGGGAAACAUAAUUCCUAUUACUUUUUCACUGAGUAAAUAUCAUAAUUUUAUUUUCAAUUGCUGUUGCAAAUAUUUUUUAAGAAUUUCACACCGCUGUUAACUUUCUACCUACAGUUGAAUUAUAUUGUAAAUUGUGUGUUGGGGGUUUGGGGAGCAAACUGUUGAAAGUUAGCUUUUUGUGAAGCUGUGAUUUAUUUUUUUCUAUAAAUUGCCAGAUUUAUAAAUUCUUACUUGAGAAAUGCAUUUACUUGGUAUUAAAAUACCAUGAAUAAAUUGUUCUGAACUGUCA